AUGUUGUUUCUGGGGAAACUUCUCUCUCUGUGUUUAAUAUCUCUGUAUGGCUGCACGUGCCAGAAACAUGAUGAUCAACAUCAGGCCAUGUUUCUUGCUGGUCCCAUGACCAAUGAACAGGUGAAAGGCUUGGAUAGAAAAGCACCUGAAGGGGCAUUGCUGGACACUUUUGACUGCAGUCAUCCCAUACCUCCAGGCUCUAGACAGUACUUUGAGUAUCUCCAGAGCAGAGGGGUGACCCACUUCAAAGUGCUGCUGUCAUGGGCUCAACUUCUACCUACAGGUCUCCCCAGCCAGCCCCAACAGGCUGUGGUUAACUGUUACCAGACCCUGCUGAGACAGCUGCUGGAGGUGGGCCUUCAGCCUCUGGUUGUUCUUCAUGGAUCUACUGUGCCAGAUGCUCUGAGAUCAAGGUAUGGAGGCUGGGAGAACCAGGAGCUGGUGGACAUGUUUCAGCAGUAUGCAGAGUUUGUGUUUGGGGAGUUUGGAGAGCUGGUGGACUCCUGGGUGACACUGAGCAGCUUGGAUGAGCUGAAGGGUGCUGAGCUGCAAAACUCUUUUGAUGCACACGCCAGAGUCUAUCUUCGUUACCACCAGCUGUUUCCUGGGAAAGAUGGACAAGUGUCAGUUGGGGUAAAGGGCAGUAAAAUCGCAAUAAUUUCUGAUGCCCAGCAACUGGUAAAGAAAUAUUUAGAUUUCCUUUCUAUUAAAGUUCUGUAUGACUGCACCACUGGGCAAACCCUGGCUGAGGAGCUGCAAACCGUCAUGAGAAAGUGUGGAAAGAAACCAGUUCUCCUAUAUGAGGUGAACAUCAGUGACUGUUCUCCUUAUCACUUCCUGUCUGAUACCAAAAUAUUAAAAGGUAAUGUUUUAUAUGACUAA